UGGAGGCGAGCGAUACGCGAAGCCCACGGACAUGUGGCGCGAGAGAGAAGCGGGGGAUGCAUGAGUUUUAUUACCGACCGGCAGAUUCUUAUCGUUUACUACCAUGUUUAAGAAGUUGAAGCACCGGCCUGCACAAUACUAUCCAACACAGACAAAGAAACCCUAUAGUAUAGAUAUACAAGAGAUGAGCACGGCCAUGGCAUCACUGGUGCUUGCAGUGCUCGUGUUGCCGUCGGCAACAACUGCCGCGGUGGCCACGGCUACAAGAAAUUGCUCCGACACCUGUGGUAUGGUUGGUGAGAUACCUUAUCCGUUUGGAUUAGGUCCGUCAUGCUCUUUACCUGGUUUCAGCCUCACUUGUGCGGACAACACCAGUUACCCCAUGCUGGGCAACCUACCCAUCGAGAGCUUUGACAUCUUUGAUUCCAACAACCUGUACGCCAAUAUCUCGUACGCCUACAACUACCUGUGCGCCAGGAUCUCCUACACCGUGAAGAUGAUUCCCGGUGUCCGCGACUACUCUGUUCACUGGGAAGCUCCGGCCCGGCACUUUGCCAUGUCUGGCUCGUUAAACAUGUUGUUCGUCGUUGGCUGCGGCGUCAAGGCCUCGCUGUUCAUCGGCAACUCAACCGUUGAGGUCGGGAAUUGCUCCGUCGUCUGUGCCGAAGCUCGAAUCAUGGAGAAGCUGCCCAAGGGUGUAUGCGAUGGCAUCGGAUGCUGUUUCAUUGACAUACGGGUGAACCUAAGGGCGUUCACCCUCAACAUCUCACGCACCAGCGGUUCUGCUCGCUCGAAGGAGGUGUACGCGUUCAUCAGCGGAGGUGGUAAGGACCAAAUAUUCUGGCCGAUCGACGCCCUGAGAUCUAUGUUGCCGGAAUAUCUCGAGUACGAAUUUGCUACCCUGGAAUGGGCUAUUCCCUACAAGCUGAACUGUAAGCGCGCCAUGGAGGACAGGGCAAGCUAUGCAUGCGUUGCUAAUCACAGUGAGUGUAAGGACUCGUCGAUGGGUGGAUACUUUUGCGUUUGCAAGUGGGGCGACUACGGCAACCCCUACGUUGAUGCCAGGUGCCCGGAAUACGAACCACCUCGGCCAUCUCCACCACCUCCGCCACCUCCACCGCCUCCCGCUCCUCCGGCAGUCGUUUAUGACUCCAUCCAGCCGAAGAAGGAUUGUGACAUGUCGUGUGGGAACGUGAGCAUCCCGUUCCCCUUUGGAAUAAAGCUAGGCUGCUUUGCAACUGAACAAUUCUAUCUCAAAUGUCUUCGAGCCUUGCCGGGGACUGAUCUUCCGGUGCUUGAACUGAAUGGUAGUUUGGUCGUCAGUGACAUAUCUAUUGACGAAGGUAUUUUACUCGUUGACGAGAAAUUAGAGCCAAGUGAUCUCUUUUCUAAUCCGGAGACGCUCUAUGCCUUAUCUGGGAAACGGGGCGUGGUCAAGUGGGCCGUUGUUAAAAUGCCAUGCUUGCAUGCACAGCUAAAUGAGAGCGACUACAAAUGCUUGAGCUCCCACAGUGACUGCAUCGAUGUCACUGAUGAUGGAACACUCAAACUUCUAGGUUACCGCUGCAAGUGCUCUUCUGGUUUUGAAGGGAAUCCUUAUAUUAAAGAUGGAUGCACAGAUAUAAACGAGUGCCUGCAGCCAGAUAAAUACACCUGCAACGGUAUUUGCCACAAUAAUAAAUUCGGGAGCUACACAUGCACAAGCUCGGAUUCCUCGGGGCAUCAUCUAGUAUUAGGUAUCACCAUUGGACUAAGCAGUGGUGGGGGCAUUCUAUUUCUUGCUGUAUUUGUUGCUAUUCUUACACGAAGAUGGAAUCGGGCCAUUCAAAAGCGCUCGAGAAAACGGUAUUUUCGGAAGAACAAAGGCAUUCUGCUAGAACAUAUUAUCUCUUCAGACAAAAGUGCCAACGAUGGCACAAAGAUAUUCUCCCUGGAGGAUCUAGAGAAGGGAACAAACAAUUUUGAUCAAGCCCGUGUGGUCGGACGGGGUGGCCAUGGCACAGUCUAUAAGGGUAUCUUGAUCGACCAACGCGUGGUGGCCAUCAAGAAAUCAACGCUCUCGGUGAUCAGCGAGAUCGAAGAGUUCAUCAACGAGGUGUCCAUCUUGUCGCAGAUCAACCACCGAAACGUAGUGAAGCUUCAUGGAUGUUGCCUCGAAUCCGAGGUCCCUCUGCUUGUCUAUGAGUUCAUCUCCAACGGCACGCUCUACGACCUUCUGCACCGCCCCUCCGAGCAAAACAGUAGCAACUUAUUGAUGCCAUUAUCCUGGGAGAAGCGCCUGAGGAUCGCCACCGAGAUCGCGGGCACGCUCACGUACCUGCACUUUUCGGCUUCCGUGUCGGUCCUCCAUAGAGAUGUCAAGUCCAUGAACGUGCUCCUAAACGACAGCUACACCACAAAGGUCUCGGAUUUUGGUGCAUCGAGGCUGAUCCCCAUAGAUCAAACGCACCUGGUCACCGCCGUUCAGGGUACGUUUGGGUACCUGGAUCCGGAGUAUUACUACACGGGACAACUCAACGACAAGAGCGAUGUUUACAGUUUUGGAGUGAUACUUGUUGAGCUGCUGACGAGGAGGAAGCCCAUCAUCCAGAAUGAGCAUGGCGAGAAGCAGAACUUGUCAAACUACUUCUUGUGCGCCAUGAGGGAGAGGCUCCUCGAGGAAACGGUGGACGCGCAGAUCCUGGGGGGUGGAAGAGAUGAAGGGGUUCUGUGCAUGGCUCAGUUGGCAGAGGAGUGCCUCAGGCUGACUCGAGAGGAGAGGCCAACCAUGAAAGAUGUGGAGAUGAGGCUGCAGCUCCUCACAGGAUGCCGUGUUGCACUGAGGGUGAGGCAAGAAGAAGAGGCACCACCUGCGGGAGAUGACGGGCAUGGAGGGGUCAAUCUGAUAGUCGGUCAGCAUGGCUCACGUCAGUUCAGCCAAGAACAUGAGUUCGUCUCAUCUCUGCGUGUACCGCGGUAGGUUGUAGGCACACCUUAUUUACAUUUUGCCCUUGCUAGGAAAAGAAUUUGUUUUCCUGUCGCAUUUCAAAUUUUGGUUGAUAUAUGUAAGAAUGAAGAAAUUGUACUUUUAAGAAGUUAU